AUGUCCGACUCUCACCCCGACAAGUCUACCCGAGUGUUGUCGUGUGUACUUUGCCAGCAACGUAAGAUUAAAUGUGAUCGCACCUUUCCUUGCACAAAUUGCAUCAAGUCUCAAGCCCAGUGCGUUCCUGCUGGCCUUCUUCCGCGUCAUCGGAAACGUAGGUUUCCGGAACGUGAACUGCUGAAUAGGGUGCGCCAGUACGAGACUCUCCUCAAGCGGCAUAAUAUCGAAUUCAACCCGCUCCACAGUGAACCGCCAAAGGAGGGCGAUGAAGGGCAAAAGAGACGGAGUGUUGAAUCCGAGGACUGGCUGCCUUCGUCCUCUGCAUCGCCCCGAGCAAAGCUGUCAAAAGAGUCAUAUGACGCCAAGGAUUUCUGGAAUGCGAUGAACCAAACGUGCCCUCAAUCUGACGACGAGGCCGACUCGCCCCCACCCACGAUGACCGAGGAGGUGGUCAAAAAAGCAUGGGACCAGAGAUCUGGGCUUUGUGACCCUCUAUUUGGCGGCAGGGCCGACCAGAUCGAUGUUUCAUCACAUCACCCGGAGGCAUCACAGAUUUUCCGCCUUUGGCAGGUAUACCUUGACAACGUCGACCCUCUACUGAAGAUCACACAUACGCCAACCCUACAAGCGCGCAUCAUCGAAGCUAUUACCAACUUGAAGCAAGUCAGUCCUCAGCUGGAGGUUUUAAUGUUCGGAAUAUAUUGCAUUGCAAUCGGAAGUCUAAUGAGCGAUGAGUGCCAGGAGCUCCUUGGUGCUCCGAGAGAAGAACUUCUCUCUCAAUACCAGCGGAGCUGCCGGGAGGCCUUGGUACGCUGUGAGUUUUUACGGUCCGACAAGCUCGAUUGUUUGACCGGCCUAUACUUCUACUUGGUGUCCUUGCGACCUGUACUUGGAGACCCUCGCACAUUGUCCUCAAUGCUUGGCAUCGCAGUUCGCUCAGCGCAACGUAUGGGUCUGCAUAGCGAGUCCGCCUGUUGUAGGUAUCCUCCAUUAGAAGCGGAAUUGCGUCGAAGGCUCUGGUGGGCCCUGGUUCUGUUUGAUACUCGAGUUGCAGAGAUGGCGUCCUACAGAACUCCCACUCUCAGCCCCCUUUGGGACUGCAAGAUUCCCAGCAACGUGAACGAUUUUGAUUUACGACCAGAGAUGAAGGAGGCGCCUGAGCCCCAGGGCCAGUCGUCAGAGGCCGUUUUCGUCGUCGUUCGGUCCGUUAUGGGCGACUUUUUGCGGAACUCUUCGUUUCACCUAGACUUUACGUGUCCGGCCCUCAAGGCUAUCGCGAGGGAUGUUCGCGACAAAUCCAACCCAGAGGCCAGUGAAUUGGAUACACUAGAAAACCUGCUAGUGCAGAGAUACCUGCGGCCUCUAAACCCCGAUAAUCCGCUUCAUUUUAUAACCAUCUGGAUGACGCGGGGUAUGUUGGCGAAAUGUCGUCUGUUUGACUAUUAUUCCAAGUAUGCUGGUGGGAGCUAUACUAAGGCCCAGCGCGACACGGCCAUCUCCUUUGCGCUAGAAACCAUCGAUUGCGAUACCAAAAUACUCCUAAACCCAUCAGCCAGCCGGUAUCUUUGGCUAGUCCACUUCCACUUCCCUUUCCCGGCUUAUAUUCAUAUUCUACAAGACUUGCGGAGACGGCCUCUCAGCCAACACUCAGAGAAAUGUUGGGCCUCCAUGAGUGACAACUUUGAAGCUCGUUCGGUCUUGCUCCGUCGCAUGUCCCCACGGCUACUUGUCAACACAAUGACUGCAGCCCUUUUUCAGGCUUGGGAGGCAACCGAGUCGGCCUUGAAGCAGUCUGGACAGGAACCAGUCACACCAAAGAUUAUAACGAUAGGGAGGGAGUUGGUGGCUUCAAACCAGGCAAGCCAGGCCGCAGAGAAGCCGUCGAGCGGUGGCUCCGCUGUCUGGCCGACUUCGAUGAACCCCGAUCCGCUAUCGCUAAUGGGAAUGGGCGGCCAAUACGGUGGAGCUGAUAUGUGGAUGCCUUUUAACUUACCGGCACCAAUGUCUGAAACUAGUAUCCUCAGUCCAUCUGACUGGUCACUAAUAAACUGGGGGAUGUAG